AUGCUUUCUGGCUGUGGCCUUCUCUUUCUGCUUCGAACGAUGCAGUCGGGCUUGACUGGAGAGCCCUUCUUUCCACUACGGCGCCAGAGCACAGAGUCCAAUGGCUUGGCCAGGUCUGGCCCAACGUCUGGUCACGUAGGCACGUCCACAAAGGCAGGGGACUGCGGUAACCCGCCGUGCGCGGGGUCUGGGAUGCUGCCCUGCCUGCCGGGCUCUCGGCUCCAGGCUCGAGCCGUCUCCUGGAGUGCCGAGGGGGAAGCGCCGAGCCAGCUCGGGAGAUGCCCGAGGCUCUGCGGCGAACGACGACGUCCGAGCACUUGA